AGUCCGUGAGUCAGAGGCGUGAGGGAAGAAGGCGCGGCGGCAGCGGCGGGGCCUUCCUCCUUUUCUUCCCGCCCAGAGGGAGAGACUCCUAGACAAAGAGGGCGGGGAAGAAAAGGCCGCCCCUGUUCCCUUCCCGCCGUGGUUGCGGGGCGGGAGGGAGGAAAAGGGAAGGAAGGAGAGAGGGGAGGAAGGACUGACUGACUGGGCCACCAUGCCCACCAACUUCACCGUGGUGCCGGUGGAAGCGCCUGAGGGAAACACCGACGGAGGAGAAGGAGAAGCAGAAGCAGAGCGCGGGGAAGAGGAGGGGCCCGGCUGCGAGCGCUGCAACCGGUGGCAGCCUCGAAGGGAGAGCGGAGUCGGUGAUGGGAUUCCAAGAGAAAGUAGUCCAUUUAUCAACAAUGCAAGCAUGGAGGGGGAAAACAUCUAUGAAGGCAAAAAUAUGGCUCUUUUUGAGGAAGAAAUGGAUAGCAACCCCAUGGUAUCAUCUCUUCUUAAUAAGCUAGCAAACUAUACCAAUGUAACUCAGGGAGUGGUAGAACAUGAAGAAGAUGAUGACAGCAAACGCAAAGAAAUUAAGGCUCCACGUAUGGGCACUUUCAUAGGCGUAUACUUGCCCUGCCUACAAAAUAUUUUAGGUGUUAUCCUGUUUCUGCGACUGACUUGGAUUGUGGGAACAGCAGGAGUACUUGAAUCUUUCAUCAUUGUAUUCAUAUGCUGUUCUGGCACUAUGUUAACGGCAAUAUCAAUGAGUGCAAUAGCAACAAAUGGUGUUGUUCCAGCUGGUGGCUCGUAUUACAUGAUUUCAAGAUCAUUAGGGCCAGAGUUUGGUGGAGCUGUGGGACUCUGUUUUUAUUUGGGCACCACUUUUGCCGGGGCCAUGUAUAUUCUUGGUACAAUUGAAAUUUUAUUGAAAUACAUUGCGACCAAUGCUGCUAUUUUUACUGGAGGCGAGGAAGCCACUUUAAACAAUAUGAGAGUGUAUGGCACUUGCAUCCUUGCACUGAUGGCCAUAGUGGUGUUUGUGGGAGUCAAAUAUGUCAAUAAGCUUGCACUAGUCUUCUUGGCUUGUGUAAUUCUUUCAAUUAUUGCCAUUUAUGCUGGAGUUAUUAAAACUGCAUUUGAUCCACCAGAUUUUCGUAUCUGUCUUCUUGGAAACCGUACAUUACUGAGUGGUGAUCACAUUUGUGCCAAAUAUGUUAUUGAAAACAAUGUAACAGAGACUACUCUACUCUGGAAAAAAUUCUGUAGUGAUGAUCCAUCUCUGAAUGCUACAUGCGAUGAAUAUUUUCGUCUAAAUAACGUCACAGAAAUUCAAGGAAUUCCUGGCGUUGCAAGUGGAGUCCUGUUUGAUAAUUUAUGGAGUGUAUAUCGAGAAAAAGGAGUAAUUAUAGAGAAACAGGAUAUGCCAUCAGUUCCUGUUCCAUCUCUGGAAGAAGUUAAAGAAAAAUCUGAUGCUUAUGUGUAUACAGAUAUUAUGACCUACUUUACUAUGUUGGUUGGAAUUUAUUUUCCAUCUGUGACAGGCAUCAUGGCAGGUUCAAACAGGUCUGGAGAUCUUCGAGAUGCUCAAAAAUCUAUUCCAACUGGAACAAUUCUAGCCAUUUCAACUACAUCAUUUAUCUAUCUGUCCUGUAUAAUUCUGUUUGGUGCCUGUAUCGAAGGAGUGGUCUUGAGGGACAAAUUUGGAGAAGCAGUUAAUGGAAAUCUAGUGAUUGGUACAUUGGCAUGGCCCUCUCCAUGGGUUAUUGUAAUUGGCUCAUUCUUUUCCACAUGUGGUGCUGGUCUCCAGAGCCUCACUGGUGCUCCCCGGCUCCUCCAGGCAAUUGCAAGAGAUGGCAUUGUACCAUUUCUACAUGUAUUUGGUCAUGGAAAAGCAAAUGGAGAACCCACAUGGGCUUUGCUCCUGACUGCACUAAUAUGUGAGAUAGGCAUUCUCAUAGCUUCGCUCGAUAGUGUGGCUCCAAUCCUUUCUAUGUUUUUCCUAAUGUGCUAUCUCUUUGUGAACUUGGCAUGUGCCGUUCAGACCCUUCUCCGUACACCAAACUGGAGACCUCGUUUCAAGUAUUAUCAUUGGACUCUUUCAUUCUUGGGGAUGAGUUUGUGUCUUGCCUUGAUGUUUAUUUGUUCUUGGUACUAUGCCUUGGUGGCCAUGCUAAUAGCGGGAUGUAUUUACAAAUAUAUAGAAUACAGAGGAGCUGAGAAAGAAUGGGGAGAUGGAAUCCGUGGUUUAUCCUUGAAUGCUGCCCGUUAUGCCUUGCUUAGGGUUGAACAUGGCCCUCCUCAUACCAAAAAUUGGAGGCCUCAAGUCUUGGUUCUGUUGAAUUUGGAUUCAGAACAGUUAGUGAAACAUCCUCGGCUGCUUUCAUUCACUUCUCAGUUGAAAGCUGGAAAGGGAUUGACCAUCGUUGGAUCUGUACUCCCAGGAAUAUAUUUAGAUAAAUACACUGAAGCUCAAAUGGCAGAGGAGAAUAUUAGAUCCUUAAUGGGAGUAGAGAAAACCAAGGGAUUUUGCCAGAUUGUGGUAUCAUCCAGUCUCAGAGAUGGAAUUUCCCAUUUGAUACAAUCGGCUGGUCUUGGAGGGAUGAAACAUAAUACUGUCUUAAUGGCCUGGCCGCAGUCUUGGAAGCAAACUGAUAAUCACUUCUCUUGGAAGAAUUUUGUAGAUACUGUACGAGAAACAACAGCUGCCCACCAAGCCCUUCUAGUUGCUAAAAACAUUGAUUUAUUCCCAAUGAAUCAAGAGCGCUUCACUGAAGGUAACAUUGAUGUUUGGUGGAUUGUUCAUGAUGGUGGCAUGCUGAUGUUACUUCCUUUCCUACUACGACAGCACAAGGUGUGGAGAAAAUGCAAAAUGCGUAUUUUCACUGUGGCUCAGAUGGAUGACAAUAGCAUUCAAAUGAAAAAAGACCUUCAGAUGUUUCUGUACCAUCUUCGACUUAAUGCUGAGGUGGAAGUUGUUGAAAUGUUUGAAAAUGAUAUUUCAGCCUUCACAUAUGAAAAGACUCUUGUGAUGGAACAGCGAUCUCAGAUGCUAAAACAGAUGCAACUCUCUAAGAAUGAAAGGGAAAGGGAGAUUCAGAGCAUCAGUGACGAAUCUCGUAGCUCAAUCAAAAGGAAGAGCCGCUCUAGCCCACAGUGUAUUACUCAAGAUGUAGACAGUCUGCUACCUAAUGACAUUCAAGAGGAUGAGGCUCAGUUAAUCCAUGAUAGAAAUACUGCCUCCCACUCAACUGGAAUGGUUAAAUCCCACACUGCUAUAACUACACCAGAAAAAGUACAAAUGACAUGGACAAAAGAAAAACUUAUAUCUGAAAAACAUAAAAAUAAAGAAACCAGUAUGAUGAAUUACAAAGAUAUCUUCAAUAUGAAACCAGAAUGGGGAAAUCUGAACCAAUCCAAUGUGAGAAGGAUGCAUACUGCUGUCAAGCUUAAUGGGGUUGUGCUAAACAAGUCACAGAACGCCCAGCUGGUGUUGCUGAAUAUGCCUGGACCUCCAAAAAACAGACAAGGGGAUGAAAAUUAUAUGGAGUUCUUGGAGGUUUUGACAGAAGGCUUGAACAGAGUACUGUUGGUGCGAGGAGGAGGUCGUGAAGUCAUCACCAUUUAUUCCUAAUUAUUUUACUGAACGCACAAAUAUCUCUAGUAGCAACAUCUGUUUUUGGAUUUCAGUGCAGAACCUUGGCAAAUUGUGGACUAAUGACUUUGAGCCAGCCUUGUGUUUCUUGCAUACAGAAUAGAAUCCAAGAGUUAAAACCUAUUUUUUCUUUCCCAAAAUUAUGUAAGCAAAAUUGUUUCCUACAUAGAACUCUUAACAUUUGUAUUUACUGAGGAAAUGUGUUAUACAUCUGUAUAUUUUUUUAAUGUAGAAAACAGGGAGACUUUUUUUGCUCUUGGGUUGAGUAUGGGUUAUGAAGGGACAUUCUUUUUGCACAUAAAUUCUAAAUAUGGCAAAUGGAAUAUAUGGGGGUUUUGUCAUAGGAACAGACAUUUAAGUUCUUAGUACUUUUUAUAAUGGUGAAAGAGAGAUAAGAGGUUUCAAGGAAAUAUUUUUUUAAAAGUCUGGUCUCCAUAUUUUGUACUAUUGAUCCUGCUGACUGAUAAGCAGGUUCUGUUUACCUAUCAAGUCUCCCCGGUUUUGUGUUCAUAUUCAGCCACAAAUAUGUGAAUUGUUUAGCACUGUAUUUUAAUUAAAGAUCGCUGGUUGAAUAAAAUUCUUCAAUUUA